CCUACAUCACUGACUGUCACAUUCCUUUCUACUUCACAAUAUGGAUCCAGUUCGUGCCAAACGUCAACUACCGGACUCAAUCGAGCCAGCUGAUAUUUCUCAAAGUGCUUCUCGCAGAUGGAAAUGGUCGGCGAACGUAAUGUUAAUCGGCACAUCUCAAAGUGGGAAAAGCCUGCUGGUCAACCGGUUCCGGUCUCUCGCUGUCGGUCCAUAUCCUCUGCAGGAAUCCCCUGAAACCGGGGUUGGGACAACCUCAUGCACGAGAGACCCUGUCAUGUAUGAGUUCGAUGUUCCUAUGACUAGUUAUAGCUUAGUGGACGCUACGAAAGCCAGUGAAGUAGAUGUCCCUGAGGACGAAGAGAGCAUCUUUAAAUGGGGAUUUUGGAAGAAAAAGGAUCUGACCUUGAGCCCACGAAACCCAGACGCUGAACUUGUUCGCGUUCGAUUGUUUGACACUCCUGGUUUGGACGACAGCAACCCUGAAAGGAACUGCGAAAACAUUCAGAAAGUUCUCCAGUACCUGGCCAAAUCGGCUGAAGACAGCAACCUCGACCAUCGUCAUCUCAGCUCCGUGAUAUUCGUGAUAAAGUCUGGGGCGUCGUUUACUGACAGCCUUCAAAAAUGGUACUUCUACUACCAACGCUGUAUGCCAAAUCUAUUUGGCAGCAUUGCAGUCAUCAACACCAACUUCCGACUCAAGGAUUGGAAAACGGAGUACACGAAAACGGCGGUCAAUAUGGUUAGUUUUAGAGGGGCAGGACCCUCUUCCAGAGACAGCAAAAUGAAGAAUCGCCGUGAGGCCUGGGCGGAUAUUUUUCACUGCGAUCCACCACACUUCUUCAUUGACAGCAAACCAAAUCCUAAAAAUGCUUUCGAGGAAUUCACGUCGGCAAACACCGUCUAUGACAUUCUUCUAUACCUGAGAAGCCAAGGAAAACUGCCUAUUGAGAAUGUCCAUCUCAUCAAGUUCCCAGAUAUGCUAUCAAUCGACACCAAGUUGGUUGGAUGUUUGUACGAUGUUCGACAAAUCUGGAAUGAGGAAAGGGACUUCCAUAUGAUGUCCAUGACUACUAAUCAAAAAAGCCUUUAUAUCCAUGAGAGAAAUGUCCUAACGUGGGAAAAUGAGCUCAAGGAGCUGGACGGAAAACUUUCUGAAUGGGACUCAGAUGUUCAAUGGGAUCUGGGCACAUACUCGCCCAAGGAUGACAUCAGCACGCCAAACAAGAUUUGGAAGAUUGUGACCUUCUCCCAUUUUGAGAAUUCCUUGACAAUCACUGAGAAGGUGUAUCCGUUCCAGGUAGAUGCUGCAGAUACGGAUGACGCGGUGUGGGUAUCAAAGAAACUGCCAACCAUACAGACCAAGACGUGGAAAGGGCAGUACAAGUCAAAAUGGGGAAAGGUACCUCGAUUCUCUGUUCGAUCGUAUACGACGAACAGGACGCACUUUGCCGAGGAGAUCGAAGCGGCGGAGAAAAGGAAGGAUGUGCUGAUAGAUGAUAUCGGGGAAACUAAGGAAAUCAUCGCACAUCAGCACAUGGCUUGCCCGCAGCGAGCCGCUCAUCAAACAACUUCAAGACGAAGAAGUUCCCCUAUAUGAGGGAUUCAAUCAGUCGGCUCGGCGACGUUACGCUAAGUCGAUCGAUAAGAUUGGAUACGACGAUUUGAUAUCUUUCGUUGAAGAAGUAGCCCCAAGUCUCAAGGGAGGGAACGGGUUUCGCUCCACUGUAUGAGAUACUUAGCCUAUUGAAUGAGAAACACGAAACUCAACUGCCCCGAACGUUCUUCCAACAGAAUAUGCAGGAGCGAGAAUCAUUCCUUUUUGUCUAGCCCUUCUCGCCUUAUUGGCGCCAGGCCACCUAGGCAUUUGCCUGGCA